UUUUAGUAACAGUUCCGUGCAGUGCAACCAACAUAAGCCUAAACCAAGUUUUUUUUGAAAAUUUUUCGCAUUUUCGCCGUUUUUCGAACGCAAAAACUAGCCAAAACAAUUGUAAAUGAAACGCCCAGUGUUUUUACAAUGCUUUUCAAUUACUAUUAAGUGAUAAUUGCCACACUUUGAUUUUGCGGUUAUGUGCAAGUGAAAAACGUGUCUCAACAUGUCCCGAAACAUCCGCAAGCACGACACGGGCCCCAAACACCUGUCUUUCGACUCGGUCGUGUUCUCCAUGUUCACGAAAGAAGAGAUCAAAAAAUUGUGCAUUACGAAAAUAUGCACCCCCUUGACUUUGGACCCCUUGGGGCACCCGUUGUCCGGCGGCCUCUACGACAAGUCUCUGGGCCCCAUGACCGAGAAGAGCGAGCCGUGCGGCACUUGCCGCAAAAACCUUUACUUUUGCCCGGGGCAUUUCGGGUACAUUGAGCUGCCCCUGCCUGUGGUUAACCCCAUUUUUUACCGCAUGAUUGGGACUAUUCUGCGGAUGGCUUGCCUGAGUUGUUUCCGGUUUCAAAUUCCCGAGCAUGUGAAAUAUUCAAUUACGCUGCAAAUUCGGCUUUUGAAUUGCGGGCUGGUCACGGAGGCUGUGGAAAUUGCCAAUAGCAUAGCACUGUUGAUUUUGGUGCACGAGUCGUUGGAGAAUAUUCCUGAAGAUGUGGUUUUGCCGAUUCGAAAGUACGAAACGUUGGCUCAGGAGAUGCAAGAAAAAUUGAACGGGGAAUACGUUCUAACGAAAAAUACUGAGACUUUACGCAAUCAGUUUGUGAACGAGAUGUUGCGCGAGGUGAAGGCGAGGGAGACUUGUAUGCACUGUAAACAUUCAAUGGAAAAAGUGCAAGUUUUGAGAAAUAAGAUUAUUCUCUCGAAGAAGCGAAACGUUGCCAAGGGGAGUACGGAAGUUUUGGGGAAAGUUAAGGCUUUUGAGGCGAAAUAUGUGACUCCUGAUGAGUCACGGACUUAUAUGAGAAACAUAUGGAAGGAGGAGAAGGAAUUGAUGAGGGAAAUUAUCGCCGUUUUAGGGGGGGUGGAGGGAGAGCACCCUACUGAUGUUUUUUAUUGGGAUGUUAUUCCGGUGAUUCCCCCAAAUAUGAGACCCGUCAAUAUUGUUAAUAGUCGUGUUAGUGAACAUCCGACUUCGCAAUUGUAUAAAAAUAUUAUUCAUAAUACAAUUCUUCUGAGAUUGAUUAUUCAAGUGGUGAAGAAUAAGGGGGACUUGGGUAGUCUUCCACCCGAAGCUAAGGGCGCCUACAACGUAUCCAAGGGCAGCUCUCCCAUCGAAAAACUGAACCUAGCCUGGGAAUCCCUCCAAUCCGAGGUCGACUCCCUCAUCGACACCACCUACAUCCGCAAUGCAAACGUCGCCGGUUUGAAACAAAUCAUCGAAAAGAAAACCGGAAUCAUUCGCAUGCACAUGAUGGGCAAACGUGUCAAUUUCUCCGCCCGUACCGUCAUCACACCCGACCCCAACCUCAACAUUGACGAAAUCGGCAUUCCGGAAGUUUUUGCCAAACAUCUGACGUAUCCCGUACCCGUGACGUCAUGGAACGUCGAAGAGUUGCGCAAAAUGAUAAUGAACGGACCGGACGUGCAUCCGGGCGCUGUCAUGGUCGAAUACGAAGACGGAACAAUAAAGCGUAUAAACACAAACAACACAACCCAACAAGAAAGCAUUCUGAAACGGCUUCUAACGCCCGAUAAAAUCGUGGGCUUCCGUGGCGUCAAACGCGUGCAUAGACACCUAUGCAACGGCGAUGUGCUUUUGUUGAAUCGACAGCCUACUUUGCACAAGCCGAGCAUAAUGGCACACACGGCCCGUGUCUUAAAAGGGGAGAAAACGUUCAGGUUACAUUACGCCAACUGUAAGGCGUACAACGCCGACUUUGAUGGCGACGAAAUGAACGCACAUUUCCCCCAAAACGAGUUAGCACGUAGCGAAGCUUACAACUUAGUUAACGUUUGUAACCAAUAUCUCGUACCAAAAGAUGGCACUCCCCUAAGUGGCCUUAUCCAAGAUCACAUGAUCGCAGGAGUGAAAUUAUCACUCCGGGGGCGAUUUUUCAACGAAGUCGAUUACAAACAUUUCGUUUUCCAAGCUUUGGCAAACAAAACUGGCAAAAUCAUCCUAUUACCACCGGCAAUCCUAAAACCGCGCCAACUAUGGUCCGGUAAACAAAUCCUCUCGACUGUUUUCAUUAACAUAAUCCCAGAAGGCCACGAACGCAUCAAUUUGACAGCGAGUGCGAAAAUCAGCGCUAAGGCGUGGCAGACGGCCCCGCCCCGCAAAUGGAAAGGGGGCGGUUCCCGCUUCACGGACCCCAAUACGAUGAGCGAGGCCGAGGUUGUGAUUCGCGGCGGCGAGUUGUUGGUGGGCGUGUUGGACAAGACGCAUUAUGGGGCCACGCCCUAUGGGCUUGUUCAUUGCAUGUACGAGUUGUACGGGGGCGUGUAUGCGACAGGGCUGUUGAGCGCAUUGGCUAAACUCUUCACGAGGUUUCUGCAAAAGGAGGGGUUUACUUUGGGCGUGCAUGAUAUCUUGACGGUGGAGAAGGCGGACCAGAGGCGGCGCCAAAUCAUCGAAGGGGCGCGGAAAAUCGGCCUUGACGUGAUCACGACCGCGCUCGACAUGCCCCGAGACUCCCCGAUCGAGGAAAUCGUCGACAAAAUCCGAGAAAAUAGCGUCAAAAACCCCAAAUGGAGGGCAACGGUUGACCGACAAUACAAAACGGCACUAGAUUCAUUCACGAAUGAUAUUAACAAGACUUGUUUACCGGCUGGUUUAGUGUUAAAAUUUCCUGAAAAUAAUCUCCAGUUGAUGGUACAAUCGGGCGCUAAAGGCACAACAGUCAAUACCAUGCAAAUUUCGUGUCUUUUGGGCCAAAUUGAGUUGGAGGGUAAACGCCCCCCUGUCAUGAUAAGCGGGAAAUCGUUGCCCAGUUUUCCAAUUUUUGAGUUUGCGCCACGUGCUGGUGGUUUUAUCGAUGGCAGGUUUAUGACUGGGAUCCAACCCCAAGAGUUUUUCUUCCAUUGUAUGGCAGGUCGUGAGGGGUUGAUUGAUACAGCUGUUAAAACUAGUCGUAGUGGGUAUUUACAGAGGUGUUUGAUUAAACAUUUGGAAGGUUUGACGGUUGGCUAUGAUUUGACAGUUCGUGAUAGUGACAAGUGUGUCAUCCAGUUUCUGUAUGGCGAAGAUGGAAUGGAUAUUUCAAAAUUGCAAUUUCUUAAUUCGAAACAGUUGGUCUUUUUGGCCGAUAACAGUAAAGGUAUGAUUGAUAAGAAGGCACUGAAGAUGUUGAAAGAUGAACAUCAGAAGUCGGUUAAAGCUCACAAACAACAAUUGGCCGAUUGGUGUGAAAAAUUCGGACACCCGUUACAGAGAGAACGAAAAAGUCCGUUUUCUUUGUUUUCGUCUGUGGUGCGUGCUAAGACCAAAGGAACAGAUUUUGGUACGAAGGAAAUGACCAAGUUGUGGAAAAAGGCCGACAAAGACAUAAAAGAUAGCUUCCGUCAGCAGUGCAUCCCCUGCCCCGACCCCGUCAACUCCAUCUACCAACCGGACCACCACUUCGGUUCCCUCAACGAAAAACUCGAAGAAUUGAUGAACACUUACCAAUCCACCAACAAAAAACAAACCAAACAAUUCCAAAACAUGCUAAAACUCAAAGCUAUGCGUUCACUGUGCGCUCCCGGCGAACCUGUCGGCCUCCUCGCAGCGCAAUCUAUCGGCGAACCUUCCACUCAGAUGACCCUCAACACGUUUCAUUUCGCCGGCAGAGGCGAAAUGAACGUCACCUUAGGUAUACCACGUCUGAGGGAAAUCCUGAUGAUGGCGUCGAAAAACAUCAAAACGCCCUCAAUGGAAAUCCCCUUCCUGCCUGUGGAAAACCUGGAGGAGAAGGCGGAGGAUUUGAGGAAAAUGUUGACAAGGGUCGUAGUUGCCGACGUUUUGGAAAAAGUUGAUGUCACAGUUGAAUUAAAUGUUGAGCCGGUCAGGCAACAUAGGUACACUCUGAGGUUCCAGUUUUUGCCCCGGAAGUACUACAAGAACGAUUUUUACGUCGGACCGAAGUAUAUUUUGAAGCACAUGACGCGCAAAUUCUUCGGCGAAAUGUUCACAGCGAUUAGGAAACUGUCCAAAGUGACCUCAAAUUUGGUAAUGAUGGACGAGGAAAAGCGUCAAAAAGCGUCAAACGACGACGAGGAGGAAACAAACGACGCAGACGCGAACGAAGACAGUUCCGACGAGGAGCCGGAAGACACCGAAGACGCGAAAACGGGCAACAAGUUCAAGCAAAUCCACGACGACCAAGAGCCGGAAGAGUCCGAACGCGAAGACUCCGGGGACGAGGACACCGAAACGGCGCCCCCUGUGGACGACAAAACGAACGAAGCGGUGGUUGAAAGCUACAAUUUCGCGCAAAACUACAUCUACGACACGAAAAAACACCACUGGUGCGAAAUCACAUUCGGACUUCCGCUCGAAUUCAAAAAACUCGACUUGACCGCCAUCUUGCGUGACGUCGCCGCGAAGUCCGUGUUGUGGGAAACCCCCAAUAUCAAGAGGGCUAUUACCUACAUGAAGAAUGAUGUUUUGACCUUACGGACCGACGGUAUUAAUAUUUUGGAAAUGUCGAAGUACCACGCCCUCUUGGAUUUGAACCGUUUGAAUUGUAAUGAUAUACACAAGAUGGCGGAGACUUAUGGGAUUGAAGCCGCCAUGAAAAUUAUAGUGAAGGAGGUUCAGGACGUGUUUAAUGUUUAUGGGAUUAAGGUCGAUCCGCGCCAUCUGUCGUUAAUUGCCGAUUAUAUGACGUUUAAUGGCACGUUUGAACCGUUGAGUCGUAAAGGGAUGGAAAGUAGUGCCUCACCGCUCCAACAGAUGACGUUCGAGUCGUCGCUCACUUUCCUACGUAAUGCUACGAUUGGUGGGAAAAGGGACAAUUUGACCAAUCCGUCCAGUUGUUUGAUGGUUGGAAAACCAUGUGUGACAGGGACGGGUUGUUUUGAGGUGUUGCACAAAAUGUGAGGUUUUGUUUAAAUAAAGUUUUGUUUUUAUUA